AUGCGUACCUCGCACUCCAUUCAGGGUUGCCGAUUUAUAGAUGAACCCCUCUCAAUCAACCCUGAUGGCUCAAUCACUGUCAAUUUCACCAAUACCAAUGUUCCCCUCAGCCCUCGCUCCUACACCGCCCAAUACCCUCAAUACUCACUUAUUGCAAAGCCGAUGUCGCUUGCUUCUUCGACUGGUGGUCCUUGGUUGAUUUAUUACGGCACUGUUGAUCUCUCAUUGAAUCUGGAUGUUAUCAAAAUCAAGUCUCAUGUCUCAUAUUGGCAAAACUCUUGUCCUUCAUUCAUGCGAUGUGAUGGAGGACCACAACUCAGUGGUAACAUUAAGUUCAGCAAUACUCGUCAUCAACUUCGUGCCACACCGCUAACUCCUUUGCCAUCCCUAUAUGUCAAGUGA